AUGGCAUCGGUCGAGACGACGGCGCUGUCCAGCUUGUCGAACAUGGCGCGGGUGGAGGUCUGGUGCCGACAAGAGGUGUCCCGUCUCAACCGCGCUGGGUUGGGUUAUCCCAAGCCAACUGAUAGUGAGUCAAUUAUUGUACAUCUACCUGUCUAUUUUACAGUUCCGCUGUGCCGAUUUCUGCCAUAUGGAGUGAAUGGAAUGCUUGCUGGAUCAGUGACCGUUUUCUUUGCCUACAUAGGCUUUGAUUCAGUUGCGAGCACCGCUGAGGAGGUGACGAAUCCACAACGAGAUCUGCCGCUGGGAAUAGCCAUGUCAUUGACGAUUUGCUGUUCCUUGUACAUGCUGGUUUCAGUUGUUAUUGUCGGUCUGGUGCCAUACUUUGCUAUGGACCCAGAUACCCCUAUUUCAUCCGCCUUUGCGAGGCACGGGAUGCAGUGGGCGAUGUACCUUAAUCCAUAUCGCCUGCCCCGUGGUAUAUCAGUAACAUCUGGUGUUGUUCUCGCUCUCUGCUCAACCUUGAUGGGAUCACUUCUGCCACAGCCAAGGAUAUUGAUGGCCAUGGCGAGAGAUGGGCUAUUGCCAUCCUUCUUCUCUGAUGUUAGCGAGAAGACACAAGUUCCUGUCAAGAGCACAAUCAUAACUGGCAUCUGCGCGGCUUCUCUGGCUUUCUUCAUGGAUGUUUCACAACUGGCAGGAAUGGUCAGUGUAGGCACGCUCCUCGCGUUCACCAUAGUCGCCGUCUCCAUCUUGAUCCUCAGAUAUGUACCUCCAGAUGAGGUACCCCUGCCAACCUCUCUGCAAACGUCAUUCCGCUUAAGCCAAGAAUGUGAUGAGGAAAAGGUGGGGAGUCCUCUUGGAGAUGGGAACCAUGAACAGGGGACGUCUGAGAUUAAGGAUGUGAUCGUAGUAGAAUCAAUCAAUGACCCUCUUAUUGAGAAGCAGCUAUAUGCAAACAAAUUGGAUGAGUUAAAGCGGCGGAAAACCGCUGCUCGCAGCAUAGCAUCUGUAUGCGUAGGGGUGCUAAUCCUGACGGCUUCAGCUUCUGUAACGUUCCUGCCAUUCCUGGUGAUGUGCUUAUUCUGCGUGUUUGGUGGCCUGCUCCUCCUAGCUGGUCUCGGAAUGCUCUCCUGGAUCGACCAGGACGACGGAAGGCACUCAUUUGGUCACUCUGGAGGUACACUUGCAUCACAUCAUUUUCACGCUUCUCUCCGUACUAGACUACUGGGUGAGUACCUCAAAGCUCAAACAAUUAUCUCACUCGCUGAUAAGGGUGGCAUGUGGAUGCGGGUCGGGGUAUGGCUGGUGAUGGGGAUCUUCGUGUACAUUUUCUGCGGCCGGACCCACAGCUCGCUGACGGAUGUCGUGUACGUCUCCCUGGCUCAGAUAUAG